UCUCAAUUUAUAUAUCUAGUAAGAAGUGGGAAUUCUUCUAAAAUUCUCUCUUCUUCUAGCUACCUACCAUGGAUCUGCCAAAAGAUUUGGUCCUCAACAUCUUAUUCAGAUUACCCGUCAUUUGUCUCUUCAGAUUCAGGUGCGUUUGUAAAUCUUGGUGUGCUAUCUUUUCUGAUCCAAAUUUUAUAUAUAAAAACCUACUCUCUGAUUCUGAUUCUGAAGAUUUGAAUGUCAAUUCCCCUGUCCUUUUCAAACGUCAGGAUUAUGACUCCAGGUAUUUUGUUUUUUCCUGCCUCUCCUGUGAUACAUUUGACAUGUCUGCUCCUCAGGAGAUACCAUAUCCAAAAGAUAUAAUUGAAAAAUGUUCAUUUAUUGACAUUGUGGGUUCUUGCUGCAAUGGCUUAAUUUGUCUUCGUGAUGUAUAUUACUCUGAGCAUUUACGAAAUGUAUGGGUUGAUAGUUAUAACUAUGACAGUAAUAUUGUUCUUUGGAACCCUACAACCACCGAAACUAAGAUCCUACCUCAAUCCAAUGUUCCGCUUCCUCCUGACAGUUUUAUUUCAUUGGAAAUAGUUGAUUUUGGAUUUGACGCAAGAACUAGUGAUUGCAAAGUACUCAGGAUUUUUGAAUAUGUAUCUCUUGAUUCCCAGUGGGGUUACCUGGUUGAGAUAUAUAGCCUGAGGGAUGAUACAUGGAGAAAAGUUGAUGUCAAUUUGAAUUCUUGGCAAUUGCCUUCCUAUAAAUAUGAUGAUAUUUAUUAUUAUGGUAGAGGUCAUACGGGUGCAAAUGGUACAUUUCAUUGGUGGGCAAGAGAAGAUAAUUGGAAAUAUGUAAUUGUGUCUUUUGAAUUGAGCAAGGAUGCUAUCAAGACAACAGCUCUACCAGAUACUAUCAAUCCUCGCAAUUCUUGGCAGACAACUUUUUGCUUGAAUGGCUAUAUUGCUCUGCCCUUCUGUGAUAAUAAUCAUGUUGAGUUGUGGGUAUUGCUUGAAUAUGGUGUUAAAGAGUCUUGGACUAAAUUAUUCACCAUAGCAUGCCCUGAAAAUGUGAGCCAGCCAUUGGGAUUUUCAAGUAAUGGUAAGCUAUUUCUUGCAACCUGGGAAGGACAGCUGCUUGUAUGGAAUCCUACUACAGAAGCAAUUGUCCAUAUUCGAGUAAAUGGAGUACCGGAAACCUUGCAAACCGUCACUUACAUGGAGUCCUAUAUUCCAUUGAAGAUUGGAAACAAAUUCAAAGAUGAGCAAAAUUCCAGAGAAGCAAAUCAAAGUUGAAGGUCCUUUCAUUAGAACUCUAGUGCUUGCUUUGAUAUCCCUUGUGCACCCUUUCUAUUAUGUACUUGAUAUGUCUCUAAAUGAGUGCCUUUUAUCCAAGUAGUAAUCAUAUUUUCAAUCCUCAACUAUUUUCUUUUGUAUUGGCUUUAUAAUACAGUCUUAAUAGUUUGUUGCAAUUAAUUUUCUCUUCUUCCA